UGCGAAUUACUGCAGUAAACAAACAAACUGAUUAGAACGGCAUGGAUAAAUAUUUAGUUAAAAUGUCUGAUAAAUCUAAGAACAGUGAUGACCAAGAGCAACAAAUCGCUGUGAAGAAGGAAACGCCGAAGCAAAUUAAAGCCACUAAAAUACAGAUUGAUUCCAAAAAACGAAAGAAUGAGGAUAAUCCUGAAGUAAUUAAGGACAAAGAGAACACUGAUAAUGAUAAUCCACCAAAGCGAAGAAGUGCCCGGUUGACGCGUAGUACGCGCUCUAUGACCGAGGAUGGUACACCAUCUCCGGAAAAGGCAAUUCCAGAGAAGUUGCCGUUUAUAAAGUAUAAAGGAGCUAUUAAGUACUACACUGAAAACCAUGAGAUUGCAGCGUCAGCCGACGAAGUCAUGCAAUGGGUGGACAAGCAAACGGAUGCAGAUGUAGUUCCUAUGGCAUUUGAUAUGGAAUGGCCGUUUUCCUUUCAAACUGGUCCCGGCAAAUCCUCGGUUAUACAAAUAUGUGUUGAUGAGCGUUGCUGUUAUGUAUAUCAGCUAAGCAAAUUAAAGAAAAUUCCAGCUGCUCUGGUGGCUCUAUUAAACCAUCCCAAAGUGCGUCUUCAUGGUGUGAAUAUAAAGGCCGACUUUCGGAAGCUGCAGCGCGACUUUCCAGAGGUAGCCGCUGAACCACUCAUAGAAAAAUGUGUCGAUUUGGGUGUGUGGUGCAAUGAAGUUUGCGAGACUGGUGGAAGAUGGAGUCUGGAGCGACUGGCUAAUUUUAUAGCCAAAAAAGCGAUGGAUAAGAGCAAGAAAGUGCGAAUGAGCAAGUGGCAUGUUAUACCGCUAGACGAGAAUCAGCUGAUGUAUGCGGCAAUAGAUGUUUAUAUUGGUCAGGUUAUCUAUCGUGAAAUUGAGCAGCGCGAAAAGUUGAAAUUAAAGAACGAGCAAGAGUUUAUUAAUAAAAACGGCGACGCCGCAUUUAAAGCCGUUAAAACGCUGGGCGAAACCUUUCUGUAAACGAGAACACUUUGUGAGGUCACUUCUAUAUCCAGAUGUCCUAUUAUUCUCAUUUAUUACUAAGUUAUAUUUACGGCGUUUUUGUCGAAUUUCGCGAUUGAUUUAUACACUUGUUUAGGUAUGCUAUUCUCAUAUAAAUAUAUGUUACAUGUUUUAACUUGCAAUAAACUUUAAUUUUAAA